AUGGACACCAGCUUAAAAAAUGCAUUAUCAUUUGUUUUUGCAGGAAAUAGUUUUGUAUAUCAGCUCCAUUCACCAUUAUCUAAAGAUAUGAUUGACAUCUUCUUUCUCAAACUUGUUGCUAUUCUUUCAGCCAUCUAUUAUGCAGUAUCUCUACCCAAAUCCCCUCAUCACCUUUUACUUUUCAUAGAUAGCCUCAAUUCUGUCUCUGCAUUUGAUUCUCUGUUGGUAUCAGAACCUCUUCAUAAUGGACCCUUACUCAGAGCUGCAGGCCUGAUACUCCAUUCAGGAAUUGACAUUCAUAUUUGA